AAUUCAACUUUUCUCUUUAGUUUCAAGUGAAGUGAUCACUUGAAUAGAUGCAACGUAGAUACGCAAAUUUAAGUCAAAAUGAAAGCAUUUCUACUGAUACUAGUGUUGAUAAGUAUAAUCGUUACAGCACUUUCGGGAAACGUUAAUCGAGAAAUAUGCAAUCAACCGGAACAAUCUGGCAGUUGCAUGGCUUAUAAGUCUAGAUUUCGAUAUAAAUCAGACACGAAUGAAUGCAUCCAGUUCAUCUACAGUGGUUGUGGUGGAAAUAGCAACAAUUUCCUCACAAAAGAAUCGUGUGAAGAAGCAUGUAAAGUGUGAAGCUUUUUCAUAACUCAUUGGCUUUAAAAUAAGAGUAAAAGCUAAAUCCAAUUUAUUAUCGUACCUGUGAAAUAAAUUUCUUUAGAUAACAUAUA